AUGGGAAGGGUUAAACUAAAAUUGAAGAGACUAGAGAACGUAAACGGCCGACAAGCUACUUAUGCAAAGCGGAAAUGUGGGAUCAUGAAGAAUGCGAAUGAGUUAUCAAUCUAAUGUGAUAUCGAUAUGGUGUUUCUCAUGUUUUCCCCAACUGGGAGGCCUGCAUUAGUGGAAGGGCCGCACAGGAACUUUUGGGAGGUUAUUGAAAAGUUUGCUCAGUUAUCAUAUUGUGAAAGGAUGAAGAGGAAAUUGGCAUCUCUUGAAGCACUGAAGAAAACAUUUAAAAAAUGAGAUCAUGAUGUAAAUAUAGACUAUUUCAUGGGUUCAAGCGACUUCUCAGGUUUAAGCACUCAGAGAACAGUUGUGGAUUCAAGUAAUCAAUUAUGGGAAUUGCAAGCCCAACUGACAGGAGUACGUAGAAGACUGAGCUAUUGGAGUAAUCUGAAUAAGAUCGAUGAUAUAGGAUGUCUUAACCAAAUGGAAGACAUGCUAAGGGAGUCAAUUAAAGGGAUACUGCUGCAGAAGGAAAAUUUAGCAAAACGCCCUCCAGUGUCAACAAAUUACAGAGACCAGGCUCAACUCCCACCAUGGGUUUCAAAUAAUGAAAAUCAACAUAUGGAUAUGGUACAACCCAGUGUGAAAAAGCAUCUAUUAUAUGGAAAUUCAAGUGAUCAUUUGAAGAUCUUCUCGGGCGAAUCUUCUCACACAGUUACCAGAUGAGAUUCAUGGUAUCCUAAAAAGCAAUCCAGUAGUACUUGAACUCAUUUUAUCGGCUUGGGUUCCACAUUUCUAAUUUACAUAAGAUCAAAUUCAUAUUAAGUAUUUGUUUCCUCUACAAAGUUGUAAUAGGGAGGAGUUUCUGAUAUUCAUUCAUAGCCCUCCCUGAUUGCAAAUUAUAACUUCUGUUGCAUAUUUCGGGUAGUGGUUUAUAAAUCAAAUUCUACCUAAGCUCAAGUGAUAAUAAUGAAAUGGUUGUAAUAGAAUGAUAAUAUUAAUAAUGCAAAAGUAGUUCCCUGUACAUUGGUAAA